AUCCUGAGGCAUCGCUGUGAGAUAACCAAAGAUUCCUUUUUGCUCUUCUCACACCUUUGAAGUGGGAGCCUCUCGAGGCAAAUCAGCAAGAAUGUGGCUCUUGCAGCUGAGGGUCUGGGGGUUGUAGGGGCUGCUCAAGGCUGAGGGCUGUGACAAGCUCUGCUGGACUGAUAACUUUAAAAGGGCAUCUUCUGCUGGCUCCUCACUCAGCUGCUUUAUCGCUGCAAGUGAUGGAAUGGGGAGGGUUCCAUCUCUCUUGUGCUUGCAGAGAGCUAGAAGGAGGGGCUAUAAAAAGAGGAGGCACAGGGCAGCGGGGAGACAGAGACGGACAAAGGACAGACAAGGGAAGAAGAGAAGAGAGAGAAGAGGCAGCCAGCUUCAAGUCACUGACCCACUCCAGCAUGGGCUUCUCCUCGACCAUCUCCGUGGGCUUCCUUCUCUUCGUGGCAUUUCAGAUCCCAGGCCAAACCAGAGCUAACCCUGUGUACAACCCUGUGUCCAAUGCAGACCUGAUGGAUUUCAAGAAUUUGCUGGACCGUUUGGAGGAGAAGAUGCCUUUAGAGGAUGAGGUAGUGCCCCCACAAGUACUAAGCGAUCAGAAUGACGAGGCUGGGGCAGCUCUCAACCCACUCCCUGAGGUGCCUCCCUGGACUGGGGAGUUCAACUCAGCCCAGCGAGACGGAGGUGCCCUCGGGCGGGGCCCCUGGGACUCCUCUGAGAGAUCUGCCAUCCUGAAAAGCAAGCUGAAGUCUCUGCUCACUGCCCCUCGGAGCCUGCGGAGAUCCAGCUGCUUCGGGGGCAGGAUGGACAGAAUUGGAGCUCAGAGUGGGCUGGGGUGCAACAGCUUCCGGUACCGAAGAUAACAGCCAGGGAGGAAAAGGCAGUCUAGGGCCUGGGAGACUGAGAAAGACCUUCACCCCUUGGAUCUCUCAUGCAACCUUGUCCCAUCUCACUGUCGAGUUGUGACGAGCACCUUAUUCAAGCUGCAGCUUCCUGUCAACAAUUCUCGCAUUUUUACACUAAAUGUAGAUUAAAAUGGUUUAAGUGUGGCAUCCUCGCCUCUCCCACCCCAUGCAUUGAAUUUUAGGGUAAACUCUCACCUGUUAC